AGCCGAGGGAGCGGAGCCGUGGAAGCGGCUCUGCUGGAAGAUGGCGAGCUGCUGGGACGCGCGGCCGCCCUGGCGGCCAGGGCGCCUGUCUCUGUGCCUGCUGCUGCUGCCGCCGUUGCUGCUGCUAAGCACGGUCCGGGGGGCGCACAUCAAGAAGGCGGAGGCGACGACGACGACGACGGGCGCGGGCGCUGAGGCGGCCGAGGGCCAGUUUGACCGCUACUACCACGAUGAGGAGCUGGGCAAGGCGCUGAGGGAGGCGGCGGCCGCGGGGCCGCCCGGCCUGGCGCGCCUCUUCAGCAUCGGCCGCUCGGUGGAGGGCCGGCCGCUGUGGGUGCUGCGCCUGACGGCGGGCCUGGGACAGCCAGCUCCUGCCGGGGACGCGGGGCCGGACGCAGCGGGACUGGACGCCGCGGGGCCGCUGCUGCCCGGCCGGCCGCAGGUGAAGCUAGUGGGCAACAUGCACGGCGACGAGACCGUGUCGCGCCAGGUGCUGGUCUACCUGGCCCGGGAGCUGGCGUCGGGCUACCGCCGCGGAGACCCGCGCCUCGUCCGCCUGCUCAACACCACCGACGUGUACUUGCUGCCCAGCCUCAACCCCGAUGGUUUUGAGCGCGCUCGCGAAGGCGACUGCGGCCUCAGCGACGGCGGCAGCCAGACCGGGGUCAGCGGCCGCGACAACAGCCGUGGCCGCGACCUCAACCGCAGCUUCCCCGAUCAGUUCAGCACCGGUGAAACCCCAACCCUGGACGACGUACCCGAGGUGCGCGCCCUCAUCGACUGGAUCGGCAGGAACAAGUUUGUGCUUUCUGGAAACCUGCAUGGUGGCUCCGUGGUAGCAAGCUAUCCUUUUGAUGAUUCACCAGAACAUAAGGCCACUGGAGUCUACAGCAAAACCUCAGAUGAUGAAGUCUUUAAGUACUUAGCAAAGGCUUAUGCUUCAAACCACCCCAUAAUGAAAACUGGCGAGCCUCAUUGCCCAGGAGAUGAAGACGAAACUUUCAAAGAUGGGAUCACAAAUGGUGCACAUUGGUAUGAUGUGGAAGGUGGUAUGCAAGAUUAUAAUUAUGUAUGGGCCAACUGCUUUGAGAUCACAUUAGAAUUGUCUUGUUGCAAGUACCCACCUGCUUCACAGCUUCGACAGGAAUGGGAGAACAAUCGUGAGUCUUUGAUCACAUUGAUUGAAAAGGUCCACAUUGGAAUUAAAGGAUUUGUUAAAGAUUCAGUAACAGGAUCUGGGUUAGAGAAUGCAACCAUCUCAGUAGCUGGUAUUAAUCAUAAUAUCACAACAGGCAGAUUUGGUGAUUUUCACCGGUUGCUUGUUCCUGGAAUAUAUAAUCUUACAGCAGUAUUAACUGGGUACAUGCCGUUGACCAUUAAUAAUAUAAUGGUGAAAGAAGGACCAGCCACAGAGGUGGAUUUUUCCCUUCGGCCAACUGUGGCUUCAGUAAUCCCUGACACCACUGAGGUGGCAGCAACUGCGAGCACAGUUGCUGGUCCUAAUAUCUCUCCUGGAACAUCCCCAUCCCACCAGCCAAUUCAGCCAAAAGAUUUUCAUCACCACCAUUUCCCUGACAUGGAAAUCUUCUUGAGGAGAUUUGCCAAUGAAUAUCCUAAUAUCACUCGUCUUUACUCACUAGGAAAAUCAGUAGAGUCUAGAGAACUCUAUGUGAUGGAGAUAUCUGAUAAUCCAGGUGUCCACGAACCAGGUGAGCCAGAGUUUAAGUACAUUGGAAAUAUGCAUGGAAAUGAAGUAGUUGGAAGAGAAUUGCUACUGAACCUCAUUGAAUACCUUUGUAAGAACUUUGGAACAGAUCCUGAAGUAACUGAUUUGGUUCGCAGCACUAGAAUUCACCUUAUGCCAUCCAUGAAUCCUGAUGGGUAUGAAAAGUCCCAAGAAGGAGAUUCAGUAAGUGUAAUUGGUAGAAACAACAGCAACAACUUUGAUUUGAAUCGGAAUUUCCCAGACCAGUUUGUUCAGAUCACAGAUCCUACCCAACCAGAAACUAUUGCUGUAAUGAGCUGGAUGAAGGCUUAUCCUUUUGUGCUGUCAGCAAACCUGCAUGGAGGUUCACUGGUAGUUAACUACCCUUUCGAUGAUGAUGAACAAGGAAUUGCCACAUACAGUAAAUCACCAGAUGAUGCUGUGUUUCAACAAAUAGCACUUUCUUAUUCUAAGGAAAACAUUGCUAAUGUCUGGUUUAAGGUAUUUAAUCCUAUAGUAGUAGAUAGCAAGGAAAAGAAGGCAAAAGUUUUUUGUGGUAUGCAGGACUGGAACUAUUUACAAACAAAUUGCUUUGAAGUAACUAUUGAACUAGGUUGUGUGAAAUACCCAUUUGAAAAAGAUCUGCCAAACUUCUGGGAACAGAAUCGAAGAUCUCUAAUCCAGUUUAUGAAACAGGUUCAUCAAGGUGUCAAAGGAUUUGUCCUUGAUGCCACAGAUGGCAGGGGUAUAUUAAAUGCCACCAUCAGUGUUGCUGAAAUUAAUCACCCAGUGACUACUUACAAAACUGGAGAUUACUGGCGCCUUUUAGUUCCUGGAACUUACAAAAUCACAGCAUCUGCUCGAGGGUAUAAUCCAGUUACCAAGAAUGUGACUGUCAGGGGUGAAGGUGCUAUUCAGGUCAACUUUACACUUGUUCGAUCAUCAACAGAUGCAAACAAUGAAUCAAAGAAAGGAAAGGGGGAUAGCACCAACACCGAGGAUACCAGUGACCCAACUACUAAAGAAUUUGAAGCUUUAAUCAAAGACCUUUCAGCUGAGAAUGGGUUGGAAGGUCUCAUGUUAAGCUCCUCCUCAAAUCUGGCUCUUUAUCGAUAUCAUUCAUACAAAGACUUAUCAGAAUUUUUGAGAGGACUUGUAAUGAACUAUCCACAGAUUACAAAUCUUACCACUUUGGGACAGAGUGCUGAAUAUCGUCAUAUUUGGUCCCUUGAAAUCUCCAAUAAGCCCAACAUAUCUGAGCCUGAAGAACCAAAGAUUCGUUUUGUUGCUGGUAUCCAUGGAAAUGCUCCUGUUGGCACUGAACUGCUUUUGGCUCUGGCAGAAUUUCUCUGCCUGAACUACAAGAAGAACCCAGCUGUUACCCAGUUGGUUGACAGGACUAGGAUUGUGAUUGUUCCUUCUCUAAAUCCAGAUGGGCGAGAGCGAGCACAGGAGAAAGACUGUACUUCAAAGACAGGACAAACAAAUGCCCGUGGCAAAGACUUGGAUACAGACUUCACAAGUAAUGCUUCCCAGCCUGAGACUAAAGCCAUCAUUGAAAAUUUGAUUCAGAAACAGGAUUUCAGUCUCUCUGUUGCUUUAGAUGGUGGUUCUGUGCUGGUUACUUACCCAUAUGACAAGCCAGUACAGACAGUGGAAAACAAAGAGACUCUAAAACAUUUGGCAUCUCUUUAUGCAAAUAACCAUCCAUCUAUGCAUAUGGGUCAGCCUAGCUGCCCAAAUAAGUCAGAUGAGAAUAUCCCAGGAGGAGUAAUGCGUGGAGCAGAAUGGCACAGUCAUUUGGGCAGCAUGAAGGAUUAUAGUGUCACCUAUGGCCAUUGCCCAGAAAUCACCAUAUACACAAGCUGCUGCUACUUUCCUAGUGCAGCUCAACUCCCUUCCCUGUGGGCAGAAAACAAACGCUCUCUUCUUAGCAUGUUGGUGGAGGUUCACAAGGGAGUUCAUGGAUUUGUUAAAGAUAAGACUGGAAAGCCAAUCUCAAAAGCAAUCAUUGUGCUCAAUGAAGGAAUAAAAGUCCAUACAAAAGAAGGAGGGUACUUCCAUGUACUGCUAGCUCCAGGUGUCCAUAACAUCAAUGCCAUCGCUGAUGGGUACCAGCAACAGCAUUCACAGGUCUUUGUGCAUCAUGAUGCAGCUAGCUCUGUGGUAAUAGUGUUUGACACAGAUAACCGGAUAUUUGGUUUGCCCCGGGAGCUUGUGGUAACUGUAUCAGGUGCCACCAUGUCAGCAUUGAUCCUAACAGCUUGCAUUAUCUGGUGCAUCUGCUCAAUCAAGUCUAACAGACACAAAGAUGGCUUCCAUCGGCUCAGACAACAUCAUGAUGAGUAUGAAGAUGAAAUUCGCAUGAUGUCAACUGGUUCCAAGAAGUCCCUCCUCAGCCAUGAGUUUCAGGAUGAAACAGACACAGAAGAGGAAACAUUAUAUUCUAGCAAACAUUGAAAAAUACACUUUGCAUAUCUCCCAGCAUAAGUACCAAGCAAAAUGACAGUUCCUCUUGGGAGACUCUGCAUUAAGAAGAGACUGUCUUGCUUCUUCAAAAAGCUUUGGGAAGUUACCUUGCUAAAUUUAUAUCCUUUGUGAAUUUUGCUGGCAGUUUUGAACUUCCCUUCUUUCAAGUACUCUUAACCUUUUUUAAAAAAAUCUGAUUUCUAUUUAUGCAGCAGAGAUGAGACAACCAAUCUGUUUUUUGUUUUACUUUAAGAUGAGCUAUUUGGAGCUUAUAUAACAACAGCAUAAAGCCAACUAGUGGAUGUUGUAUUUUGCACAUCAGGUAUUUUACUAGUGGCUUUGGUUUUUCUUCUUUUGUUUUCCUUUAUUUUUAAGGCCAAAAGAAUCUAGAUAUAUUAAGGCAGGGACAGCAGUCAGACUCUGACAUAAAGCUUUAAAUACUCAAGGUUUUUCUCAACCUACUGAGGAGUACUCUUCUCUAGUUAUCAAAUAGCUGGAGUUUCUCUUAUUCAGGUUUAAUGGAGGCUGAAUGAUUUUCAAACAUGUAUGACAUAAGAAAAUGAAUAAAUGGGCUUCCGAAUUUGUCUUUCUACCUGUUUCCAGGCUAGAUCAGAACAGGUGGGCUAGCAGGAUUUCACUACCUCUCUUGUAAGGUUUGGCAAAGUUCUAAAUCUCCUCAUUUUAAGGGAGAUCUCAUUGACUGUGGAAGAUCUAAACGUCCCCUUGAAUGGAGGUGAGAGGGAGAUACUAGCAAAAGCUGAAACUCUCAUUGCCUAUCUUUUAACUUGGUAAAAACCCACAGGUGCUGCUGCUUUUAUCUGUGAAGCGCUAGUUGAUUCUAGGAAUGCCUAAUUCUUCAGUAGUUCCUAAAUUCAAGCCUUUUUCUAUGUUAUACACUUAUGGUUUUCAGAUGACCUAGCCAUCUACAAGUUCUGAAUUCUACUGAACAUAUCUGGAAGUGUGGAUGAACCUACCUGCACAUCUGAACAUACAGUAUCUAUAGUCCGUGCUCCAGCCCCAGCCUUCGCCCUUAAAGCAUACCAUUAGUGAACUAGUGUCACCAGUGUUGUUCCUGGCAGGCCUCUGCAAGUGAUUGGGUUCUUUGACCUACAGUUUCAUUUGACACUGUCUUUUUUUCUGAACAGCCAGUUUUGUUAAAAGUUCAGUUGAAAGCCUUUAAAUAUGGCUUUCCCCACUUAAAAAAAUGUAAACUAAGGAUUGUGUGUGAUAUAAUACUGUGGUGUGUAAGUAUCAUCUUCACUGCCCAUCAGGUCAAGACCUGAAAGAUAUGCAUUUGACUGUGUCCAUCUCAUGCUAUUCAGUGGAAAUGAUACUUUUGUUAAGUAUGAGUCUUAUCAAUGAUGUAAUGGUUUAAUACCUUUGAAUGUGUUAAUGGUCAAGUUGCUGCUGAAUUUGUACUAAAUCAGGGGAUAAAAAAACUAGCUCUUAUUCUUUCAAACUGUAUUCAUAUCUAUUAAUGUAUCAUUUAUCCCAAAGCCUUCAUGUGGAGGGGUUUGCUCAAUUCACCUAGGUCAUUCCACCGGGUUUUUAUGAGGAAUGAAUCCAACGUGGCUUUAGACAAUAGAGAUCUUUUUAGGAAGCAUAAUGAGGACAUGAUGUGUGUCAGCAAAUAUCUGUGAUAAGUUUGGGUGGCUUAAGGUUGAGCCAUUCUAGUACUGAUCCUGGCAUUAGUAACCCCAAAUUUCACCACUUUCACUCACAUCCCAUAUACACACAGAGUUUGUGGGAUGCUAAUAAUGAAUGAAAUAUACAUAAUUUGAUUUCUUCUAAUAACACUUUGUUUUCUGUAAGUAAAGGGGGUAUUGCUUUAUUUUUAAGAGGGCAAAGUCAGAAAACCAACAGGAGUCCUACAAGUUGCUGGCCCUGCUUGGGACAUUGCACCUAAAAAUGAAACCAACCUGCUGGGACAGCCUUGGCUUUAUUAGCAUUGGCCUUCACUAAAGGAUACCUUCAUAUUUACUUCUGUCUCAAAUUAAAUGCAUCUUUAAUAUACAUUUUAAAAGGCCAGGCCUUUUAAGUAUAUAUAAAACUUUUCAUUUUAGAGAUGAACAUAGUUCUUUUAGUAUUUAUUCUUGAAAUGGAAACCAAAUCCUGAGAUUAAGUCUUCAAACUUUAAUAAAUUUCUAAAUAAUGCAUUUAGCAAAGAAACAAGGCCUUUUUGGGGGCUUAUCAACAUGAAUGUACAGGAUCUGUGACUACUAAGACUGUGUUUUCAGCCCUGCUCUGUCUUUUAUUUGUGAAUCUAGUGUAAUAUUAGAAUAUAUGAACAGCAGAAGGCAUUGAAGCCAUAUGGGCUUGGGGAAUGCAUUUCUUCAGUAUUUCUCCUAGACAUGCCAUUCCCCUGGAGUCACAGAGGCACAUUAAGUAUCACAGUAUUAAGAAAUUGGCUCAAAUCUCACUUGUGCCCUUCUUUACUCACAAGGCAUGGUUUUGUCCUAGUGAUCAGUUUGUAAGCCUUCUUCCUUCCCAGCUCCUUAAUCAAUAAAAGUAAAGUGAUUGAGGAAGUCAUGUUCAAAGUGUCUGCCUGUGUAAAAUGUACUCAUACUUAUCAUAUAGUUAAGUAAAAUGAGUCCAAGUUAUCAGGAGGAAAAAGCUGUUGGGUUUCCAUGUACUUGGCAGAACUCUUCGGUAGUGAGUGAGACCCCAUCUAGUUGAGAAAUGCAUGAAAUUCUUACCACAGGGAAUUCGCUUUGGGACUUUGUCAUAAAAAGGAAACUUUACAUUUUUGGCUCAGUGUAAUUGAAUGGUUAAUCUUUGGUGAUUUUCAUCUGAAUAACUGAAUUAGUGAAUAUUGAACUUAAAAUGAAUUAUGAGUUGACAAAUUAAUAAAAGAUAAGUGUGUGUGUCUGAACUUACUGCGUUUCUGAGCUAGCCCCAGGUUACUCAGUUACCAUGACCUGACCUCCAUUUCCAUUUAUUCUCAGCAUUAAGUAAGCUUAUUUUUUGGUUAACAUAAAUGCACUUGUGCCUGGUUUUAUCCUUGCUGUAUUAAAAGCUUCCUGUCUAUGAAUGCUCUAAUAGUGCCCUGUAUUACAGUUCCCUGGUGAAAUUGUUUUAGCAGUAGCAACUCGGCAUUUCCCCUGUAUUUUACUAAAAACCCCACUUAUGUUUGAUGUUCCAUGAUUUUCUAUCCAGCAACUAUCAGGGCUUUUAGUUAAAGCAGAUUUGGGGAGGAGAUGAUUAGAGUCCUUGAUUAGUGUCAACAAACUUGAAUUUCUAGUUCAUGAAGCAAUCUCUCCCAACACCCAAUUCUCCUAUUUUUGGUGGUAACUCAUCAAUUCUACUUGAUUUUCAGGAUAUUUUCUGGUUGAUUUUGAUUAGAUGGAAUAUGUUAGGAAAUUUGAAAGUAGGUUAUCAUUUUAAGGCAAUUUGAAUUAAAUAUUAUGUAAAUGUGUAUGCUUAUGACUUUUAUAAAUGGCAUAACACAAGUGUGCUAGCAACAUCUGUGUGGCCAUACUGCAGAUUUUCUACAGGCAUGACAUCAUGCUAUUUUUAGACAUUUUCUUUUCACCUCUCCAUUCUUUUCAGAAUGAAAAAUGUCCCACUCCAGAACUAUCUAUAGCUACUUACAUGACAUGCCCAAUUCCCACUCAUCUGAAGUGCUUCAACUUUUGCUUUAGUUUAUGCACUGUGCCUUCAAAAUAAAAAAUAAAUAAAUAAAAGGACUUUAAAUGAAGUUGAAUAGCUUAAAGAAAUCAAUCUCUGUAAUUUAUGUGAACUCUAACUGUAAUGAGGUCCUUUCUGGUUUUUUUUAUAUGUAAACAGAUCUAAUCCUGUAUAAAAGUUAUUUUAUGAUGUUUGUC